AUCUUUACUUCAACUUCAAGAGUUGAAGCUUUUCUUGAAGUUAUCUAGAAAUCAAUUCGCGAACUUACAGUGCGUAUUUUCAACGCCGGCUUACUGCAGGCCAAAAUAGUGGCUUUCCGACCACAAGAAAAUGCCGGCCUCAGAAAAACUUGAAGGCAUUGGUCUUUUAUGAGUGAGACCGCAAAACACAUCCGAAAAAAAAGAAACGCUGUAUAAGCAAAUCGAUUAUCGCCACUUUUUCAUUUUACCUACCUAGUAUUCUUGGGGAUCAGUUCUCGUCAGCCUGGAAUCCGACCUGUCACAUUUUUUCCCGCGAUGGCGGAUCCUUGCAUAGCGGCGGAUGAGAUGCCCAGUGAGGAUAUCGAGAUGGAGGGUACUGAUUUGCCUCCCAGCAACGGGCUUGGUAACAAACCUUCCAACGGAGACGGCAACUUGCAUAGCCGGCCGACCCAGCCACCGGAGAAUAUAGAUCAGACAAAUCAUACUCAGGUCAAAUUAGAUACCGAUGAGAAACAACCGAUUUCCUCGUCACCGCCGCCAAACGGUGACUCCAACAAGAUGAAGUCAGCGUCUAGAAAGAAGGGCACUGCAUCUAAGAAAGGCCCCAAAAAGUCUAGAUCGUCUAAAUCUAAGACACAUUCGAAGAAGGGUACUUCAACCACUGACCCCACUGGUGGCGCGCAUGAUGCAAGCUCCGACGAUGAGACCGACAAUGGCCCUUACUGUAUCUGCCGUGGUCCAGAUGACCACAGAUGGAUGAUAAGCUGUGAUGUCUGCGAAGACUGGUUCCACGGGGAAUGCGUUAGCCUGAAUAAGGAUGUCGGCGAAAAUUUGGUUGAGCGCUUCGUCUGCCCCAAUUGCACCGACGGUAAGCGUAACUACACCAAGUACAAGAAGACUUGCUCGCUGGCCGACUGCAAGAACCCGGCCCGUUUAUACACCAAGACUCUUAAAGAUAGGAGUGUCUUUUGCUGUAACGACCACUGCGAUGCCUGGUGGAUCAAUAUGAUCAACACAUUACCGACGAAGGCUGCAUCAGAGAAAGCUAUCGAGGUUCUCACCCAGGAGGAUUUUGUUGGCCUUCUUGUCAAUACCGCCGAGCAGAGUAGCUGGAAGCUUGGUGACCAACCGUUUGGCAACAUGGAAGGUCUCUGGUCCAAUGGCCUUCCAACACGCUCUGGCGUCCUUAGCGGCGAAGAGCAAGCCUUCUUGAAGAGCUCCUCUGCGGAGCGUCUCGCUUUAGGCAACGAGAUUGUGCAAUAUAAGAAGAUGAUGCAGCUCAUAGAUUGGGCCAAUCAUCGCCGACAGCUAGCGAUCGAGGCGGGUAAAUUCACAAAGGAGAGUUGCGGUUACGAUUGGCGACUCGACACAGUCUCCGUACGCCAUCAGUUCUCAGAGUGGCUCGAGACCCCGGAGGGCCAGGCAAUAUUUAAGACCGGCCGGCUCGAUGCUCCACUCGAUCCUGACUUGCAAGGAGAACCAGCUACCCGCGGCAUGUGCGAGAAGAAACGGUGCAAGCCGCACAACUUAUGGUAUAAGUUACUGAUGAGCGCGGUUAGGACUCUGAUCAAGGAAACGGCGACAGCAGCGGCGGAUAAGCUGAACUCGGAGGAUGUCAUGCGCCAAGCAGCGGAGGCUAGAUUUGAAAGACGUCAGCUGGAGAAGAAUUCAGUAGAGAUUUUAGAUGGUUGACGUCAAUCUGGCUGUUUGAUACCUUAGGUAACAGUCAUGGAGAAAAUCAUCGUAGAAGAAAUUUCUCACCCCAUAGUUAGCUGGAAACAGGAAUUAUCCUGUCUAAGUUGAAUGCUUACCUAUAUAAACGCUUAGGUUCACUAUUAC